CCUGGCACUACUGCCGUACGCGAAGCUGGUAGUCUAAACUUUGUUUUUAAGACUUGCACAGCACGGUUCUUUACGUCUGAUAACUUACAUCCAUCGAUGAUUGCCCUUAUCCUGCUAUGCACUGCGACGCGAGCCCUUGCGCUGCAGCCUUCAGAUGCAGCAUGGGUCCAGCGCGGCACUCCUGGCUAUGAAAAAUUGCUCGAAAAGAACUGGGUGGGCAACGUCGAAUUCGGCAGCGCCAAAGCUAUUGUGCCGGCAUCUCUAGAGGAGCUGGAGUCAGCGGUCCGUGGCGCGCGAGCGCCUGUCCGAGUCGUCGGCCGCGGACACAGCUUCACGCCCGUCGCCGAGUGCGCUGGAGGCACCUUGCUGUCGCUGGCGCGCCUCAAUCGCGUGCUAGACUUCCGGGCGCCGAUGGCGGACCGCCUCGGCUCGAUCACCAUCGAGGGCGGAUGCACCUACACGGAAGUGAUCCAACACCUCGGCGAGCGCGGCGCUCUGCGUAAUUUGCCGUCGUGUCCGCAAUUCACCGUCGCGGGCGCGAUCGCCACGGGAACGCACGGCUCGGGGAUCCAUAUCCAAAACCUCGCAGCUGAUGUUUCAAUGCUGGAAUUUAUGCUGCCGAAUGGAACGACUGUGAGUUAUGACCGCGAACGGACGCCCGAGCUCAUCGAGGGCGUCCGCGUGCACCUUGGAUGCUUGGGAGUAGUCACGAAGCUUACACUCGACGUCGUUCCGUACUUCGAGGUCGCCGCGUACCGCUAUGACGACGUGCCAUUGGAAACGGCGAUCGAGUCGCUACCGGAUGUCUUCAAGACGUGCGAUAGCCUAUCGAUCUGGACCUCGGGCUUUGGAACCGGCCCGGGCGCCGGCCUCGCCUGGAUGACGUAUCGGCACUUCCAUCCUCACUGGUCGUCUCAUGCCGUGCCGAAACACGUACCACCCGCGUUCGGCACGCCCCAACUCGCAAAGAUGGAGCGUUAUCUCACGGACCCAGCCGACCCGAAGUUUUUCUCGCCGACGACUAGAGGACCCUGGUCGACGACGCUCGCAUUAACGAUUGAUGACGAACUUGAAGAGACCUCGAUGAAAGCGCUAGACCUGCAGUCCGAGUUCUUCGUGCCGCUCGAGCACGCGCAGGAUGCGGUCCGGGCCGUGGCCGAGGUCGCCAGCGGGUGGAGCUUCUCAUCGCCGCAUUCAAGCGUUGGCACUCCUGUGAAGGGCAUCGUCGAUGCCUUUGAGUUUAGAUGCGUCAAGGGUGAUGGCUCUUGGAUCUCGCCCCACCCGGUAGACUCGCUCGGCGUCCACACGUCGUUUAACGCGGACCCUGCGUUACUGGAAGAGGCGAAGGACGCUGUCGCCGCGAUCGAGGCGGCUCUCCGGCCGUUCGGCGUCCGCGCGCACUGGGGAAAGCUCUCGUCGGCGGCGGCGCACCAGAUUGAAACCAGCAAGCUCGAGCGUUUCCGUGCGCUCUGUGACGCGCACGACCCCGACGGCGUAUUCCGAAACGAGCACGUGCGACGGGUGCUCUGGGGGAAAGACUAAAAUGUGAC